UAUACGCAUUUACUCUCUCUCUCUCUCGGAUAGAUUUCUCGCAAGAUCCACUCUGAAAUCAAAUUUCUCCGAUUUACUACCCGCUUCUCGACUCUGCCGGCGAAGGCUAGCGUCUCUUAGUGGAGCAAAGCCAUGAGGAUUUCUCGAGCUCCGAUCUCUGUUUGCGUAAUGUUGUUCUUGCUCUCUGCUGUUUUCCCUCACCAUCUCUCGCUCGGAGGAGAUCCGAUUAAUACGUGCUCCGGGAUAGUUCCGACGAGGCACAGGAGCGAGAUGUUAUCGAUAUCAGACUUUGGCGCUGUCGGUGACGGCAGGACCUCGAACACCAAUGCGUUUAACGCGGCGAUUGAUCGGAUACGAACCGGCAACAGAAGCGGCGGCGAUGGAGCACUUCUGUACGUGCCUCGUGGUGUGUAUUUGACUGAGAGCUUCAACCUUACGAGCCACAUGACUCUUUACCUCGCCGACGGUGCCGUUAUCAAAGCCGCUCAGGAUACGGAGAAAUGGCCUUUGAUAGAUCCCUUGCCGUCUUAUGGCAGAGGAAGGGAGCGACCUGGACGAAGGUAUAUUAGCUUUAUCCAUGGAGAUGGACUCAGUGACGUUGUUAUUACAGGCAAGAACGGGACGAUUGAUGGUGCAGGAGAGCCUUGGUGGAACAUGUGGAGACAUGGAACCCUAAAGUUUACGAGGCCGGGUCUCGUCGAGUUCAAGAAUUCAAGUAACAUCGUCAUCUCUCACGUUGUUCUUCAGAACUCCCCUUUCUGGACACUUCAUCCUGUUUAUUGCAGUGGUGUCGUAGUUCAUCAUGUUACCAUCCUCGCUCCAACUGAUUCCCCAAACACCGAUGGAAUUGAUCCAGAUUCGAGCUCAAACGUAUGUAUAGAAGAUUCCUACAUAUCCACAGGCGACGACCUUGUUGCGGUGAAGAGCGGUUGGGACGAGUAUGGCAUUGCCUACAACCGUCCAAGCCGUGACAUCACCAUCCGCCGUAUCACCGGAUCUUCCCCUUUCGCCGGAAUAGCCAUCGGAAGCGAAACCUCCGGCGGAAUCCAAAACGUCACGGUCGAAAACAUCACUCUGUACAGUUCCGGGAUCGGCAUCCACAUCAAGACGAACAUUGGCCGAGGAGGAAGCGUCCAUGGGAUCACAAUCUCAGGGGUUCACAUGGAGAAAGUUCGGACCGGGAUUAAGAUCUCUGGCAACACCGGAGACCACCCGGACGAUAGGUUCAACACUUCCGCUCUUCCCAUCGUAAGUGGCAUAACGAUCAAGAACGUCUGGGGCAUCAAGGUCGAGCGAGCUGGCAUGGUUCAGGGAUUGAAAGAUUCUCCUUUCACCAAUCUAUGCCUCUCCAAUGUCACACUCACCGGAACCAAAAGUUCUCCGAUAUGGAAAUGCUCAGAUGUCGUUGGAGCCGCCGAGAAAGUCACUCCCACGGCUUGCCCUGAGCUGGCCUCAACCACCCAACAAGGCGGAUGAUUAUACUCUUAAAAGCUCAGAGACGACAUCUAUUGUAAUAUUCAGACCAAAUGGUUGAGAAACUUGCGAAUCUUUGUCCUGAACAUGUUCUCUCUUUCACUUUCUCCUUCUUCUUGGCGCUUUAUCAACUUCACCGUGAUCAUCAUGACCUCGCCGCCGGAAUCAAUUUCACGACCGGGAUGGUGUUUUGUCUCCUCCGACGCGAAUGGGCCGACAAACAUCUUGAUCGCCGGGAUAUCCACGCCGUCUGACGAAGGAUCGGUACCUGUGGCCUUUUCUUCGCCGGAGAAGAUCAUGUCGUUGCCGUAAGGGAUCUGGAGGCCUCGCCGCGAAAGCUCGUGCCGGCGGUGGUUGAAAGGAGCCGUCGUCAUCAAGGGACGUCUAGGGAAAUGACGAUUGAUCGGAUGGAAAUUCACCGGGAUAGUGACGUCAUCGGAAGAAGUUGGGUUUGUGGUAACUGGAUCGGGUUCGGCUGAGAAAGUGGUAAGGUG